UACAGGUACCUAUGAAGGGGACGGACGAUGUAGUCAAGUUUGUACCAGUCAGUGGUGGCUCGGUGUGUGAUACGGACACGAACACGGUGAAGGGAAGGGGAAAGCGGUGACAAUAUAGGUGGCAGAAGUGGCAGAAAGCAAGUGGCACUGUGGCAGCUGCUUCUUGCCCCACCAUAGCUUCCAGAAGCCUCUCCCUCUCUUCUCUCUCCUUCUCAUCUUCCUCCCAACAACCCAACAACCAACAGACAACAUCACCACUUGAUUCAGAAGCUCCGACAAAAGGACCUAGCACAUCGCUUCAAAUCACUUCCAUCCGAGCAACGCACGCACCCACCUCCAACAGUCACCUCUUCCGCGCCAUCCACCAUGACAAGUACGGCCGGCCAACAGGGAGUAGCCCUCGCCGAAGCAAAAGAUUUUGCCGCUGCCCUCCCCAAACUGAACGAAGCUCUCAAGUCGUCUUCCUCCCCCACCUGGCUCCUCGCUCGGUCCAAGUGCCACAUCGGCCUCCGCCAGUACCCCGCCGCCCUCCGAGAUGCGGAAGCCGCCUACCGCUCGGCCACCUCCCGCGGGUCGCGACCCCUCAUGACCGAAGCCCAAUACCGUCGAACCGUCGCCCUCUUCCGCCUCGGCCGCACCGCCGACGCCGACAUGUGCGCGUACUGGUCCAUGAAACUCGCCGAGGGCGUCCCCAUCGGCGACCCCAUCUUCACCGACGAGGCCGCGCCCGAGGACCUCCAAGACGGGUUUUGGCGGCCCGACCGCGACGCCGUUCAGAAGCGGCUGCGCGACGUCAUGAUGCCCGUGGACCGGAGCCAGAUGCCCAAGGAGCCGUUCGGGCCCCUCUGGAAGACGGCUGCCACGCUGCGCACCCAGACCAUCGCGAAGCUGGAUCAGCUGGGCCCCGAGGAUGAGGCUCGCAAGAUCACGGUCAAGUUUGAACCGCCCGAGGUGGACCCUGAGGAUCCUGAUGCCGAGGAGGAUGAGCUGCUGCGGCAGGCCGUGGCGGAGAAAAUCCAGGUGGAGGAGGAGGCGCAGAAGCCGCAGCCGCAGCCGGCGCAGCCGCCGAAGCCUGUCCGGGUUGAUUUUUUCCAGACUAACACCAACGUCACGGUUUCCGUGUUUGUGAAGAGUGUGCCCAAGGACCUUUUCCAAUAUGAAAUUACGAGCGACAAGGUCCGUCUAUCCCAUAUCCCGGGACACGAAGGGUUCUACGAGAUCUUCCUUUUCGGCCACGUCGACCCCGCCCAGUCCAAAUGCGCCGUCACCCCCAACAAAGUCGAGCUCAACCUCCGCAAAACCGAGUCGAUCAAAUGGCCCACCCUGCGCCGGAACAGAGAUUCGGAGGCUUCCGGCGCCGCUCCUACCCCCGCCGCCGCCGCCCCUACCAACGCAUCGGCAUCGGCAUCGGCACCGGCACCGGCCGCCAGCCUGCCCGCCUACCCCACGUCGUCCCGCAAGGGCCCGAAGAACUGGGAAAAGCUCCUCUCGGAGGACGAGGAGGACGUCGACUACGAGAAGGAAGGGGUUAACGACUUCUUCAAGUCCCUGUACGCCGGCGCCACGGACGAGCAGAGGCGCGCGAUGAUCAAGUCCUUUACCGAGAGUAACGGUACGAGCCUCAGCACGAACUGGGACGACGUCAAGGAGAAGAAGGUUGAGACGGUGCCUCCCGAGGGUGUCGAAGUCAGGAAGUGGGAGGAGUAAGGAAUGGCGUCUCUUAGGGCAGG